UCGAACGUCCGCGGUCCAACAAGAGAAAAUGCAUGAAGAAGAAGAAGAAGCACGAUCCAUAUACAGGCCCGAGCCCAACAAACCCUCGCGAGGAUCUCAUCUCGCGAGCGUGCGCAUGGACCCACCCGCCGCCCGCCUCCCCUCCGACGCGGCGGCGGCGGCGUCGGCGCCGUCCCGCCACCGCGUGGUGUGCCCCGGAUGCGACCGCCCGGCCCGGGUCUGCCUCUGCCACGUGAUCCCCAGCCCGCCGAUCCCGACCGCCGCGAGGGUCGUGGUCCUCCACCACCCGCACGAGUCCCGCCACAAGCUCUCCACCGUCCCCGUCCUGUCCCGGUGUCUCCUCAACUCCACCGUCCUCCUCCACCGCAAGCUCCGCCCGGGGCUCUCCCCUCUCCUCGACCGGUCCCCUCCCUCCAUCUACCUCUUCCCGCCGUCCUCCUCCUCCUCCUCGACCGCCUCCCCCUGCCUCACCCUGUCGCAGCUCCGAGCCUCCGACCUCCUCCGGCGGGCCGAGCCGGAGGGGCUCGUGGUGAUCGCCUUCGACGCCACGUGGAAGCACGCGCGGGAGAUGGUGAGCGCGAGCGAGGAGUACCUGUCGCGGUUCGCGGUCCGAGUGUGCCUGGACUUCGACUACGACGAGAGCGUCGACGGGGGGAGCAUCUACGAUUCGGAGCUGCUGCUUCGGAAGGAGCCGUACGGAGGGUGCGUGAGCACGAUGGAGGCGGUGGCUAGGGUUCUGAGGGCGGUGGAGGCGAAUGGGGAGGAGGUCGAGCGGAGGCUGAUUGGGGUCUUGAAGGAGAUGGUGAGGCUGCAGGCGAGCUUCUUGAAGCCCGUGAAGCCGAGGAACAAGCUGUUGAAGAAAGGGAAGCAGAGGGCGGCAACAGAAGAAAAUGGAGCAGAAGCAGGAGCAGGAGCAGAGUGAGCAGCUCCAAAAUGUGAAGUCACCUGUCCACUCUUGUUAGAGAAAGAUGGGAUUUUGAGAAUUGGUUUUGUUCAGUUGUUUUGGUUGUUUCUUAUGCUUUGUUAGUUGCUUCCCCUGGGAUGAGAAGAGAAGAAUCUGAUUAUCAGUCAAUGAAUUGGCGGGCAUCGAUGUCCAACUGCACAACAUUCUUUGUGUAGGUGGUGACCAAUAUCAGUUUUGACGAUCGAGUUCCUUUUGACAUCGGACCUACUUGAGGCGACGAUAAUUUUGAGCAUGGGUCGACAUGCUCUUGUCUAGUUCAGCCUCUGGGUACGUUAUUAGUGUAGUUAAGCAGUUGGAUCUGUGUUAGUCUGGUGGAAUGUCAUGGCGGCGGCUCGACAGAAUGUGUAGUGCGUGCUUUGUGAUGCAGAUUUUGUGUUAUCAGUGAGAAAUUUGUAGUAUAGGAUUAGUCGUGACGGAGCCGGUGUUGAGCUAAUAUCGUGCUGGGGCAUUUUGGAGACCCCAGGAGAGUCGGAGAGCUUUCCUCUGGACAAGUGGUUCUUUAUCAUGUUCCCCCAGAUGAAGGCAUCCAGACCGGGUCAGGCCGUGGAUAAAGGUUCUUCUGUAUAGGCAUUCUCAUGGCUGUUCAGAGGAAAUUGGUGCUUCUGUAAGCAACUACUCUGGAGCAGACAUCUUGUUUAAUCUAAGAGUUACCCUAUCGGGAAGUUAACCCUCAGUGUCUUACAUUGAGGAGUGUAAUCUUCUAAUCUUUUAGAUUGGUGCAGAUUAUCAUCUCUGGGCUUUUUAUUGUGAUUUCCAGUCACCUAGCUCUUUUUGCAGAAAUCUGGUGAUAUUGCUAGCUCAGAAUUGAUGAAUGCCAGAGUUUCAAGUCUAAACUGGUCUCAUUUCUUUCUGAUUGAAUCAUAUUACUGCUACAAGCUGUUAAGUAAGUUUUGGCGGAAAUUUUGAUUGUGGAUCCUGAGAUUUUAAGUAA